AUGGGAUGCCCUCUAGGCAGCGAUCGGUCAUUUGGACCGCGAGUCAACUCUGGCUGUCGAUCCUUUGACUUUACUCUAGAAUUUGAAGAUGCUCUCCUUACAUCUUCUUCAGCCGGCCUGUUUCUCUUGCUUUCAUUCCCUCUGGCUCUUGUGCUGAUCCAAAAGCAUGUCGUGUAUUCCCUCAAUUCAAAGCUCCUGUCAUGCAAAUUGAUUGCAUUCUUGGGCGCAUUUAUCGCACAGUUGAUCCUUCUUUCCAUUAGGGUCCGGAGCGAGGCCAUUAAAUCAGAAUCAUCGUUGGCUGCCGACAUCUUGUGUACAAUUUCUAUAUUCGCGGCCGGCAUCCUGUCAUUUCUCAGCCAUCAGCGUUCCGAGCGCCCGUUGACUGUCUUGAAUCUUUAUCUCUCUGCAUCAGUGCUGUUUGGAGUCAUCAAAGCACGCACACUUUGGCUUUUGGCAUCUAGAACAGAGGAUCCAUCGGGCGCAAUCACUAUGACUAUGCUUGUUGCCCUUUUCAUGGCAUUGCUAAGCUUGGAAUCCGUUAGCGGCACAACGAAAAAGACGAUAGCAGCUAUCCCGACAAAGACAUAUCCUACGGCGCCAGAACAGCACAGCAGCUUCUGGUCUAGAACGAGCUUUUCCUGGCUAGUUUCUACAUUUCGAAGCGGUUAUGCAAAAAUUCUCAUCUUGGAUGAUCUUCCCCCUCUAGAUACAAAUCUCCAAAGUCAUACUAUGUGCGAGAAAGUUAUAAUUAAAUGGGAUCGAUACGAUCACAAAAGACCAAACAGUUUGCUUCGUGCAUGUGUUCAUGCCCACUUGGCCUCAUUCUUGUCACCCAUCAUACCGCGACUCUUCAUCACCGGGUUCACCUUCGCGCAGCCAUUUCUCAUCAAUGCGACCUUGGAUUUCAUCGAUCAAAAACAGCGUGAUGUGAAUUACGCCAAGGGGCUGGUCGGUGCAUGGGCACUUGUCUAUCUAGGCCUUGCUGCUUCCAAUUCCAUAUACCAGUAUCAGAGCUUUCGAUUCGUCACCAGAUUACGAGGAAGUCUGAUAACACUUAUCUACCAACGAACACUGCAGACCCGGUCGGCCGAUAUGGGUGAGAUCACCGCCGUCUCUCUCAUGGGGACAGAUGUCGAGCGUAUAUGGAGCAGCCUACAGACCAUUCAUGACACCUGGGGUUCACUACUUGAGAUCGGCAUUGCAAGCUGGCUGCUCGGGCGACAAGUAUCAUUGUCCUGUAUUGCUCCUCUGCUUCUUGUGCUUGUCUUUAUUGCAGCAACUUCUCGGAUCUCCUUUUACUUGAAAGACACCCAAAUCCUAUGGAUUGAAAGAGUUCAAGAGCGGCUUCGAGCUACCUCCGCCAUGCUGGGUGAUAUAAAAGCUGUCAAGAUGCUUGGGCUUUCAGGCCAGGUGUUGCCCACAAUACAAGAGCUUCGGGAUGACGAGAUUCAAACAUCUCAGUCUUAUCGAAAAUAUCUCAUUGCCAUGUUGAUGUUGUCGCUCACACCCCUCAAUCUGGCACCUGUGAUCACCUUCGGUGUUUACACUAUUAUAGCUUCUUUCUGGAAGCACGAGUCUCUGCUUACUGCAAAAGCAUUUACUUCACUUUCUCUGAUAUCACUCGUGACUACACCAGUACUCAAUUUCAUACAGGUACUUCCAAUGGUUGUUCAAUCUAUUGGAAACUUUGAUCGCAUUCAGCAAUACUGCAAUUAUGCCGGUGGGGUGGAUGCCAACAACAGCAAUGACGAGAAUGGCAAAAUGAAAGAGUCCAUCAAGCUCAAGGGACAUCGCUUUUCUUGGGAUCGAUUCAAUUCCUCUCCCGUACUACAGGACAUCGGAGUUGACAUAAAACGAGAAGGCAUCACGGCCAUUGUUGGACCUGUGGGUAGCGGAAAGUCAAGCUUCCUAAGCGCUAUUCUCGGCGAGCUAUCCUCUAUCCAGUCCCCUAUCGAAUCAUACCCAACAGAACAUCAAAAAGAGCUGAAGGGUCAUCAAACAAAUCAACUUCGGGGCGAAGCAAUGGCUUAUUGUACACAGCAGCCCUGGCUUGAGAGCGGAACUAUUCGUCAAAACGUUCUUUGUGCGGCAACAUGGGAUCAGAAGUGGUACGAUACCGUGACAUUUGCAUGUUGUCUCGAUGGCGAUUUGGCACAUCUGAAGAAGGGAGACUUCACAGAAGUUGGGAGCAAAGGUGCGAAUCUUAGCGGAGGGCAAAAGCAACGCAUCGCGCUAGCUAGAGCUGUCUACUCCAGGCGAGAUGUCAUUUUAUUAGACGAUGUCUUCAGUGGCAUGGAUGGACACACAACUCAGAGCAUCUCCAACCGUCUAUUCUCACACGAAACGGGCCUCCUGCGCAAAAAUAAAACGACAGUCAUCUUGGCGACACAUAACGACAAGAUUUUGAGCCUAGCGGACACGAUCAUUGCUCUCGACGGCGGUAAAGUGGUGAAUGUCGGAAGUCCCACUUCUGUGCAAAUCAACAACAAGAUCUCGAGGGACAUUCUAUUAUCCGGAACUGACCACUUAGAAGAGAACAUUGAUAGCGAUGAACUCGAUGAAAUCGUGAAUGAAAGUGACAUAAUAGCCACCACCAGUAGGUCGCCCUACGAAGAACAGUCCAACGCCGUUUCUGCUGAAGACUCCCAGUUUAGCCCGCUUCAAGAUACCAGACGCAAGAAUGGAGAAUCUUCGGUCUACUCAUAUUACCUCGCUAGCUCUGGUUAUAUUGCAGUCGGUCUCUACACAAUUUCAAUGGCGUUAUGGGUCUUUUGCAUAGAGUUCUCAACCAUUUGGGUUGACUGGUGGUCUUCUGCAAACUCCGCCCACCCAAAUCAAAAAUUGGGCAUGUACCUGGGAGUUUACGCCAUGCUUGCCGUUAUUGGGACAAUCGCGGCGUGUCUAUCUGCCUGGUUCGCGAUAAUCAACAUUAUCUCAAACUCGGCGAGCAGAUUACACUUCGACUUACUGAAAUCUACUCUUCGUGCACCUUUUCGCUUUUUCACCGUAACCGACAAUGGCGAACUUCUAAACAGAUUUAGUGAAGACAUGGAGCUUAUAGAUAUGGACCUCCCGACGACGGCCUUGAACUAUACAUCAACCGCGUUUACUGUUCUAGCUCAGGUCACCAUAAUGGCCGUUUUUUCCAGAUCUCUAGGUGUCGCCCUGCCGAUCAUAUUUGCCUUCAUGUACAUCCUUCAACGUUUCUACCUUCAGACUUCGAGACAGAUGCGUCUCCUCAUGAUAGAGGCAAAGGCUCCGCUCUAUACCCUGUUCUCAGAGGCAGAGUCUACUUCCCAUGGGCUCACAGGAGCAGCCCGUGGAUCCGGAGACGGCGCAACGACAAUUCGCGCAUUCAAUUGGCAAGACUUCUACCAGGAGCGCGCGUCAGCCCUUGUUGACCAGUCUCAGCGUCCUGCAUACAUGCAAAGCUGUAUCCAGCAUUGGCUGAGCUUUGUGAUGAAUGUUACAAUGGGUGUGCUAGCGGUUAUCCUUGUUGCGACAGUUGUCACUUGGGAAAACCAGCUUGAUAUCACUACCGGCGGUGUAGGCGUAUCACUGGUCAUCAUUAUGGGACUCAGCGAGAAUUUGACACGCCUCAUCAAGGAAUGGACAAAAUUGGAAUCUAGCAUUGGGGCUGUGGCGAGAGUCAAACGGUUCGUUGACGAUACAGAACAGGAAGAUCUAGCAUCGAGCGUUCAAGGGACUGGAAGUGCAUAUGAUUUGACACACCAAUGGUCAGAAUCGGGUUCAAUUGAGUUUGAUCGGGUAGUGGCUUCUUUUGGACCUGGACCAGACACCGUGUUGAAGGGUAUCUCAAUUUCAAUACAGCCCGGCGAGCAUGUCGCUAUCUGCGGCCGAUCUGGGAGCGGCAAGACUUCUCUCGUGUUAUCCCUCCUACGCAUGAUGGACGUACUUGAGGGACGAAUCUUGCUGGAUGGCAUUGAAAUCAGCGAUGCCAAUACAGAACCACUCAUCAGUGUGGAUAAUAUCCGUGCUCGUAUCAAUGUUGUCCCACAAGAUCCGUUUCUUCUCCCAGGAAAGUCAUUGCGCUUCAACUUGGAUGUCUCUGGUAUCUGCUCCGAUGAAGAGAUCAUUCGUGUUCUUGAGCGUGUGAAGGUUUGGCAUAUUGUCAGAGAGCGAGGCGGAUUGGAUGAAAGGGUCGAUAACUUGGCCCUGUCUGCGGGCCAGAAGCAAUUACUUUGCUUUGCAAGAGCGAUGAUCAAAAGGAAAGUUUCUAAUAUUUUGGUGCUGGAUGAGGCUACAAGCAGCCUAGAUACCGAAACGGAGUCCUUGAUACAAGGGAUCAUCAAUGUCGAAUUCAAAGAGUGCACGAUUGUUUCCGUGAUGCAUCGGCUGGCACAUGUCACGUCCUAUGACAAAGUUGCACUACUGGAUUCUGGGUCGCUCGUAGAAUUUGGUGAGCCAAGUGCCUUGUUAGCUGCACAUACGAGGUUUGCUCAGCUGUUUCGGUCCUCUGCUUUCAAGUUAUUGAAGAUUGUCUUUGACCCAAUUCAGUAG